AGUAGAACACACAGACUUAGGUGUGAUUGGAAUGCACCUUCCGGAAUUAGUAAAUGGAGAGCUGUGCAAACAGAGUCUGAGCUCUAAAUGGUACCUCCUGAAAGAAUCGUUCAAUGAAAGCAUGUAAUGUGGAGACUCGAAUAAGUUGUUACCCAGUCUUGAAUCAAAAAGGAACUAGAUUUAAAAGGACGUGGGAUUUAUCCACAGGGAAACAUGAGCUUGGCAGAACCUGCACGAUACAGCCACAAACCCUCCUUGGACCUCCCUGCCUGGGGCAAAAAUAUCCUGGUUGAUUCCUCCCACACAACAAGGACUAGUCUUACCAAGCAGAAACUGACUUCCAAUGAAGUCCAGUCAAAUAAUGAUUGGAAAAGUAACAGCUCAAAAGAAUGCAGAACGGGCAAUAAAUUGGAGGCAGAGUGUGGGACCAGGCAGGGUCGUGAGGACUCCCCACCAAGUUCCCUCGACUCCUCUGAAGUGCAGAUGAAAGUGGACUUCUUCCGUAAGUUGGGCUACUCAACAGAACAGAUCCAUAUGGUUUUCCAAAAGGUGGAGAGCAAUGCUGAUACCAACACCGUGCUCGGAGAGCUAGUGAAGGCACAAGGCACUGUGGAAAAGGAGACUGUGCCAGAGGAGAUGCCAGCGCCUACCCUAUUAUCUCGUGGUGGUCCUUCAGUCAAAACCCCGACUGGUGGGCCGGUGACUGAAGAGGUACAGGAGCAGGAAAUCAACUUGCGAGCAAUUGUUAUAGACGGCAGCAAUGUUGCAAUGAGUCACGGGAAUAAAGAGGUAUUUUCCUGCCAUGGGAUUCUGCUGGCUGUGAACUGGUUCCUGGAGAGAAGUCACACAGAUAUCACUGUCUUUGUCCCAUCUUGGAGGAAGGAACAGCCAAGGCCUGAUGUGCCAAUCACAGACCAGCACAUCCUUCGAGAGCUUGAAAAGAAAAAGAUACUUGUCUUCACGCCAUCGCGGCGGGUCGGUGGGAAGAGGAUCGUCUGCUAUGAUGAUCGUUUCAUUGUCAAGCUGGCAUAUGAGACUGACGGCAUCAUUGUUUCAAAUGAUACCUAUCGGGACCUGCAGAAUGAAAAGUCCGAGUGGAAAAAGUUCAUCGAGGAACGUCUGCUGAUGUAUUCAUUCGUGAAUGACAAGUUCAUGCCUCCCGAUGAUCCCCUUGGGCGUCAUGGGCCUAGUUUGGAUAAUUUCCUACGGAUAAAGCCUGUAAUACCAGAACAUAAACGACAACACUGCCCCUAUGGUAAAAAAUGUACCUAUGGAAUCAAAUGCAAAUUCUAUCACCCGGAGCGAAUUAACCAGCCCCAGCGUUCAGUAGCAGAUGAGCUCCGUGCUACUGCCAGGUCUUCUCCAACUAAGAACCUCAACUCUGCAAGCCUGCACAAAGAAGAGAAAAAGGCCAGUGUGCAAAAGAGGCCACCAUAUUCCAAUAUUGGAUUACCCACCUUCAAUCAGGGUGAGAAUGGCUCAUUGCAGAGACUCAACCAAGACAGGCAGUACCCAAUGCAGAAUGCAAAUCCACCUGAGAGCAGUACAAUGUUAAAAGGAAUUGUACUGACCAAAAGGUCAUCGCCAAACACAAAUGCUGAGUGGUUUAAUUGUGCAGCCUUUGACAAUGCCACUACCAAUUCAAUUUGUUCAACCUCACAUAAGAGUUAUGAUGAAGGCUUUGUCUCAUUUGAGAAAGAAUCUUCUGAUAUGUGGCCUUCCAGAUCUCAAAGUCACAGUGAACCAUAUUCUAUAAACAAUGGACAAUAUUAUUUAUCGACCCACAGCUUAGACCAUCAUCAAUACAGCUACCAUUCCCAUGAGUCAAUGCCAUCACUAGGUCCUUGUGGUUACCCCUCUCAAAACCCACCCAGUAGUGCUCAGUGCUGCAUGGCUAUGGAUAGAAUGUCAAUUCAGCCACAGUUCAGUCUGCCAAGUGACUUCAAUUCACCAGGCUCCCAAAGGCCAAGGAGCUGCUGGUCUGACCCACACCAUGCCUCACCUAACAGCAGGUCAAACAGCCUUCUGGACCCACAUGUAUGGGCAGUGAAAAGCUGUGACCCACAGCUCCUGGAUCCCUACUGGAAAAGUAGCCAGUGGCCAUCACAUGACCAUUGCGGAGAGGAGCGGGAGACUGUCCGCAUGAAGCUGUGUGCCAUCUUCCAACCCCACCUCGUGGAUACUGUUAUGAAACAAUACCCACAACUUUUAGACCCCCAGCAGUUAGCUGCCACAAUACUGUCUUAUAAAUCACGAAGCCCUAAUGUUUAAGGUGUUGCCACAUUAAGAAUAAUCCAAUGUGUCCAAACAAAUUGCUAAGUAUUAAUGUGGUAAUUAGUAUGAACCAAAUGGAUUGUAAUGUACAAACUCUAGUUGCAUUAAUGUAUAUAACAUUUAUAGAUGAAUUCCUAAAAUCCAGCUGUAAUACAAUUAGUUUUAUUGAAGUAUCUCUAGGGAAUAGUUCAGUGAAAAUACUUUCAGCCCAAUUUCUAGUCAAUACACUGUUUUAGACUGUACAGUUAAAUCUCAUUUUACUGUAUAGGAUAUGAUGAAAGUGACUUUGUAUUUCCAAAACAAACCCUGUAUUUUAUCAUUUUAUCAAUUAAUCAUUUUAAAAAUGUAGAAGAUAAAAAAGUUUUUAUCUAAGCACCUGAGAUAUUUUAUAGAUUUAGCUUUAAUGAUUUGUACUGUAAUCUGUACAUACUGUACAUACUGUUAUUAUCUUGCGCUGUACAUACUUUAAUCCAUACAUAGUGGAAUUGGUCUGCCUUGUAUAUACUGUAAUCGGUAUAUAUUGUAUGAUGCAUACUUUAAUCUGUACAUACUGUGCAACACAUACUGUAAUGCAUAUAUACUGUACUGUACAUACUGAAUUCCAUACAUUUCAUGUCACUGUUGCUGACUCCUGUGUGGUGCUGUCCUCAGAACUGAUUAAGCACCUUUAUUUUUGUGCUUGGUUUUAUACAUUUUUUGGAAGCACAGUAGUGUUUCCCGUUUCUCUGAAUCAAAGUUCAAAAAGAUUUGCUUUAUGGUCUUGUAUAAAGUUACAACUUUAAGUUGUCAGUCUGAAACAAUUGCACCACUCGGCCCGCAAGCUGAAUAUGUUGAUACAUAUUGUAUCUUUACUGAAUUGUUGCUUUGAUCAUGUUGUCCGAAAUCUCUCAAAAAAGAUUUGUUUCAGUGAUGAAUGCAGAUGGCCCAUUUCAGUCAUGGAAAAAUGACUUCAUGUUACUGCUUGAAAUAGUCUCAGGCAUUAAAUUUGUUACACGUCAAGAAGCAGUUUUUUAAUCCAAGUGAAACUUUCACGUAGCUAAGUCCUCACAAUGCAGAAUAUGGACCUGGGCAUGUGAACUGUGCUUUAAUAAUGCAGGUUCUUUCUUAAUUGGUAACCUUAACUUGUGGAAGGGUGUUUGUCACAAGAAAUGAGGGGGAAAGAAGCUGCCUAGCUCACAUUGAAGCUGAGCUUGAAUCUCGUCAAAGUGAUUGACAAUGGCACUAGACCAUUCCUGACGUCACUCACUGUGUUGAACACAACUUCAACUAAGCCACCAAAAAUAAAAUUUAGGCCUUUGGAUUUUAAUUGUAAAUUGAUCUGCCCAUCUAAUAUUCUUGGCAACUGAAUUAAAUUUACAAUAACGGCAGCCAGAAUAAUUCUCUUUGAUGCUCCUGAUCUAUUUAUCUGUAUUCAAUGAUUUAAUAGUCAUUCAUGAAGUCAAUUCUGCAAUCAUCACUGAAUGGCAAUUGCAAUUGGCUGCAUUGGCACCAUGUGUCAGUCUGCAGGUUGUAGGAAUUGCUAACCAGGUGUUCUUGAACCUUGCAUAAGGGGCACCUGAAAAAUUCAGAACUGCAAAAUCAUUUGUAAUGGUUUUGUUCUAGUUAAGCAAACUGCUUACAUUAAAAAAAAAGAUGUUAGGACUUGGUAUUUUUGACUUUUUAUAAAGCAUGUUUCUCUCUGUAAUAUUUACUAACUAUAUGUAACUUCAUGUAAAGUAUGAGUUUGUGCUUGAAGCUGAAUUGUAUGCUUUAUACCAAAAAUGCUUAAUCUUAAAGGGGAAAAGUUGCCUGGUGAAGUGUUCUACGAGAUUACUGGGUUUUAAUCACAGGGAGGCACGAUAAUGUGAGAGGAGAUUUCCUAUGGCUUCACAUAGGAAAUCUUCCCACUUUGCUGGUGUUGAGAUGGUAUCAUAUUGCCUAACAAUGAACAACUUGUUUAUACAGUGCUAAUUGCAGUCAUGUCUGUUACCAUGAAGAGCCAUGAUGGAGGACUGUAGCUUGAAAUUUGGAAUUUAUUUGUUCCCAAAUCUGAACAUGCCCCAAACCUGAGCCCCAACCCUUCCAAUCCUCUAACAGAUCAAGGACUUUCUUGCGUUAGGCUUAUAAUCAUACCCAACAUCAUCAGGAUCUCAAGUAAAGUGGGAAGUAUCCAUGAGAGCGCAAAUUAUAAAUAAGUUCCUGACAGGAGUGCAAUCCGAGGAUCACCAACCUAAAUUUCUGUAUGUUUCUAAACCUGGCAAAGUAUCUUGCAAGAGAACAAUACUCUAAACAUUAUAUAUUAGAUGAUCAAUAAUUCUGUAAUUUUGAAGAAAGAAAAUCUGUAACUGAAAUGGUUCAGUAAGCUAGAUGGUCAAAGGAAAUCAAUAAUGAGUAUAACAUGUUUCAUGUGCUCGUUUUUCUUCAUGGUUUCUGAACUACUUCCUUGUAUUUCUGACAAAAUCAGGUCGCAAACUUAUGUUAUGCAGCCUAUGUUAUUUUUCCCAGUUUAGAAAAGAAAUGUAAGUGAAAAGUAAAAAAAGUAAAAAUGUUCAAAUGUUUUAAAGAGCAAUAAAGUUUAGCAUUAUGCAAAGCCA